GUCAUCGGUUGUUGUGCUUGAAUAUUGCAGGUUCCUCAUCUCCAUUACUUAGAUCUCAGCUACUGCCUACCCAAGCCCACAACUGUUUCCUUCUCUAUUUUCCCAUCUUAGCUACGUUCAGUCCACAAAAUAAACCUUUUCCAGUUCUUCACUCUUUGUCUUCUACUCCCCUCAGAUCAUCUUCUGCUCCGCAUUAGCUUGGUGUUUGUAACAACGGUUUCCUUGUUUCCUUAUUAUUAUUUGAUUGUGCUCCCAGCCUUCCCUCUCUUAUUCUAUCACUUACACUUUUUGUUUGACUUUUGAAUACCCCUUUCCCCAGAAAAACAUGGAAGUUAUUACGGGCACCGCUAGCAACCUUGUUGCCGGAGUUGUGGGAUACUUGUUCCAAAAAGUUAAACGUAAUUUCAGCUACGUUUGCCGCUAUAGAAGAAUGGUUUCGGUUUUCGAGAAGAAAUUCGAGACGUUGAAAGACAAAAGAGACGGAGUGCUGUUAGAUGUUGAUGCUGCUGAAAAGAACGGCGAGAAUAUAUACCCCGAAGUCAACAGUUGGCUGGCGAAAGCUGAUAAAAUGACCGAUUCAGAGUUGAAGGAAGUGAAGGGUCUAGAAAACGAAGCAAAGAACAAGUGAUUCAUCGGCUUGUGCCCUAAUUUCAAGGCUCGCUAUCGGCUUAGCAAGAAAGCAGAAGAAGAUGCCGCUGCCGUUGAUGAACUCCUCCAGCAAGGCGGGUUUGACAAAGUAUCAUAUCGGGAUGUUCCGCAGCCCAUAGUGGUUGUUCCUCCUAAAGAUUUCGAAGACUUUGAUUCAAGAAAGCUGAUGUUUAACAAUAUCAUGGAGGCGGUGAAAGAUCCUAAUCUCAACAUUAUAGGGGUGUACGGAAUGCCUGGUGUCGGCAAGACUACGCUUGUGAAAGAAGUUGUCAGACAAGUCAAAGAAGAUAAGUUAUUCGACUCAGUGGUUAUGGCUGUUGUCACUCAUAUUCCUGACGUCCAGAAAAUUCAAGAUGAAAUUGCAGAUAUGUUGGGAUUGAAAUUUGAGGAGCAAAGUAUAAGUGGAAGGGCAAGUCGGUUGCACCAAAGAUUGAAGAAAGAGAAGAAGAUUCUUGUUGUUUUAGAUGACAUUUGGGCAAAAUUAGACCUGAUGGAAAUGGGGAUUCCUUUGGGAGACGAGGAUCAGGGAUUCCUUUUAGAUGAUAUUGCUGACAUCCAGAGAUCUUAAUGUUUUGUUGAAGGACAUGGAUGCUAAAAAGAAUUUUCCAAUCGGAGUUUUAGAACAUGAAGAAGCAUGGCAUUUCUUCAAGAAGAUUAUGGGAGAUGGUGUUGAAAGUUCUGACUUGUUGCCUAUAGCAACUGAGGUAGCUAAAAAAUGUGGUGGUCUACCAAUUGCCAUUAGAACACUUGCGACGUUUUUGAAAAAUGAGCCUCCAUUUGUAUGGGAGGAUGCUUUGCGACAGCUUAGCAAGCCAUCGUCGAGCAACUUCAAAGGAGUACCAGCAACUGUAUAUUCAACUAUAGAGUGGAGUUACGAUCGUUUACAAAGCGAGGAACAUAAACAGACUUUCUUACUUUGCAGUGUAAUGGGUCAUAAUGCUUCCCUUGAUUUGUUGCUUGUGUUUGCAAUGGGGUUAGGGUUAUUUCGUGGUGUCAGUACAAUUAAAGAAACAAGGAACAAACUGUUGACAGUGGUGAGUCAUCUCAAAGCUUCUUGUUUGUUACUUGAUGGUUGUACCAAUACGCACUUUGAUAUGCAUGAUCUUAUUUCUGAUGUGGCCAAGUCAAUCGCUUCUAAAGGCAACCGUAUGUUUGAUUUAAGAUGCAAACAUGAUUUGAAUGAUUGGCCAGAUGAUGAAACAAUGAAAGAGUGCGACAAAAUAGUAUGUUUUGGAAUGAGCGAGCUUCCUGAUCAGUUGAAAUGCCCCAAACUUACUGUUUUAUGUAUGGGUAGCCAGGAUCCUUGGAUGAAAAUACCAACAACCUUUUUUAAGGAAACGAAAAAUCUUAAAGUCCUAUAUUUGGCUGGCAUGAGCUUGCCUUCAUCAAUUUCUUUGCUAGGAAACCUUCGAGUACUAAGGUUGGUUAAUUGUGUGUUGGGAGAUAUAGCACUUAUUGGAGAGCUCAAGAAUCUGGAAAUUCUCAACAUUGUGAGUUCUGAUAUUGAAAUGCUACCCAAGGAAAUAGGACAACUGACUAAGCUAAAGCAGUUAGAUUUACGUUAUUGUUCCAAACUCAGAAGAAUUCCACCUGGUGUCUUGUGUAAAUUGUCUAGAUUGGAAGAACUGUAUAUGGAUAACAGUUGUGAUGAAUGGGGAGCAGAGGGACACUCCAGCCUGCAAAGCAAUUCUAGUCUUGCUGAAUUGAAAGGUUUGAUACCUUUAACUGCUUUAGAAAUUCGUAUCCCUAAUGCCAAAAUUAUCCCCAAAGACUUCUCCUUUGAAAAGUUACAAAGAUACAUUAUUUUUAUCGGAGAAGAGUCGCAUUGGGAUUGGAAUUGGGAUUGGGUUCGUGAAUACUCCAGAACACUAAAGCUUAACCUGCAGACAAGCAUUAGGUUUCUUAAUAAUGGAGUCAAAGUUUUAUUGAAGAAAGCUGAAAAUUUAUAUAUAGAUGAAGUGAAAGAUGUGGAGAUUUUGUUACAUGAAUCAGAAGUUGGGAAUUAUUUUCAGCAGUUGAGGAAUCUGCAUAUCCAAAAUGGUGCGAUGGUCCAAUAUAUCCUUAAAGAUGUUCAGAAAAUUGAAUUUCUUCAACUUGAGUCACUGACACUGCAGGGUCUACCAAAUCUUAUUAGCUUUUGCUCCCAAAACGAAGGUUCAACUUCCAUAUCUCCACAAGAAAUUGCCCUUUUCAAGCAAAAGAUAUUGUUUCCUAAGCUGGAGAAGUUGAAACUAUCAUCGAUUAGCAUUGGCAGAAUAUGGAGUCCCCAAGCGUUUUGUUCAACUCAAAAUUUGGCAAGUUUGAUCAUUAAGGGCUGCGCCAACUUAAAACAUGUUUUAUCCGAUUCCAUGCCUGGAUAUUUGCAGCACCUCAAAUGCUUGGAAAUUAGUGACUGCAAGUGCAUACAGGAAAUAAUAUCAACGGAUAAAAUGAUCCAAGAAACAUUCAAAAGUAGAACUCUAAUCCGCUUCCCCCGAUUGAACUUACUCAAAUUGAAGGGUCUUCAGAAACUUAUCGGCUUUUGCCAUGAAGAUCAUACUGUUGAAUUCCCCGUCUUGACAAUUCUUGAGAUAGAAAAUUGUCCAGAAUUGAAGGGAUUCAUACAUAAUUCUACGAAGAAAGAUAUCCCUACCCAUGGGGUUUUGUUCAAUAAUGUGCUCUUUUCAGUGAAGCACAUUUUUCUUUUUUCUAUUUCCUUUUGUAGUUGUUAUACUUAACUCUUUUAAUCAUUGCUUCCAUUGGCAUGAAUAAUGAAUUGUAGGUUGCUUUUCCCAA